CCGCGGCCUGGCCGGGGCGCGACGGGACGCGCUGGGACGGGCGUCGGGGGUCGCGGGCGGGCGGGCGGGCGGGAUGGGGCGCCGGUGGGUCUUCGUGCUGCUCGACGUGCUGUGCGUGCUGGUCGCCUCUCUGCCUUUCGCCAUCCUGACGCUUGUGAACGCCCCGUACAAGCGAGGGUUCUACUGCGGGGACGACUCCAUCCGGUACCCGUACCGUCCAGACACCAUCACACACGGGCUCAUGGCCGGGGUCACCAUCACGGCCACCGUUGUCCUUGUCUCGGCCGGGGAGGCUUACCUGGUGUACACUGACCGCCUCUACUCCCGCUCCGACUUCAACAACUACGUGGCCGCCGUCUACAAGGUGCUGGGGACCUUCCUGUUCGGGGCUGCGGUGAGUCAGUCUCUGACGGAUCUGGCCAAGUACAUGAUCGGCCGGCUGCGCCCCAACUUCCUGGCGGUGUGCGACCCUGAUUGGAGCCGCGUCAACUGCUCGCUGUACGUGCAGGUGGAGAAGGUGUGCAGGGGAAGCCCCGCUAACGUCACCGAGUCCAGGCUGUCCUUCUAUUCCGGACACUCCUCCUUUGGGAUGUACUGCAUGAUGUUCUUGGCGCUCUACGUGCAGGCGCGGCUCUGCUGGAAGUGGGCCCGGCUUCUGCGGCCCACGGUGCAGUUCUUCCUGCUGGCCUUCGCGCUCUAUGUGGGCUACACCCGCGUGUCUGACCACAAGCACCACUGGAGUGAUGUCCUGGUUGGCCUCCUGCAGGGGGCACUGGUGGCUGGCCUCACCGUUCGCUACGUCUCUGACUUCUUCAAGUCCCGGCCCCCGCAGCGCUGCCUGGAGGAGGAGGAGCUGGGCCGGAAGCCUAGCCUGUCCCUGACGCUGACCCUGGGUGAGGCUGACCGCAACCACUACGGGUACCCGGUCUCCUCUUCCUGAGCGACGUCUGUGGGUCCAGCUGGGCGCCGGCCGUGCCCCUUGGGGCGGCGACGAGGGCUCCACACAAGCUCGGUGCCCCGUGCUGGUGGCUGCUUUGCGUUUGGAAGGCGGGCCUUGUGUUCUCCGCGCCCUCAGAACCCCCUUUGUUGGAUUAGGGGGGCCCUGGGAGUCCAGAUAGAUGCUGUUUUUGUAAAGUGUAAUGUAUAUGUGGACUUUUAGUAAAACGGAGCGUUUGCUCGA